AUGGCGCAACAGAGCACGGCGUCUCCAGCGAGAGAUGCAGAGGCAACAAACACUGAGGGCAUUGCCCUGGGUGGUCAGGAAACAAGAGCGAGCAGCCCACAGGUCAAGAAAGUCGCAAUAGUAUCAGCACUGCGCGAGGCGGUUGAGCCAUGUCUGCCGUCGAAACCCACCACAGGAGUUCGGAAACGACGCCGCUCUGUACUUCCGGAGCAUACUUGCGCUAUGUGUCCUGGAGAGGGCAGCAUCAAAUGCGGUAAAUGUGAGUUAGUGAGGUAUUGCUCCGAGGAAUGCCAGGAGAACGAUGCACAAGUCCAUACAAUGCUUUGCGAAUCUUUAGCCUCGUUUGAAACCCCACCGAGCGAGUCGCACCGGCGAGCGAUCGUAUUUGACGAGAAUCCGGAAAAUGCGACAGCACGCUUCAUAUGGCUAAGGGUCCAUCGCAAUGUGGAUGAAGACGGUAGUGAAUAUGACCAGCCUAAUUUGGGGGAGUUCUUGAAAAGCAAGGAUGGAAGGGUUCGGAGCACUAUCACGAAGAAUCAUGUCUUGUGGCGUCCUCUGAGCCACUCUAUCCACAUUGAGCACUACCUGCCAAAUGCGCAUGGUUGGGAUGAGAAUAGUGCCGUAUCUAAAGUUGUUGACUGUCGAUACACACCACGAAAUACCUGGAUUAGCACCAUCCUGGUCUAUGCAACAGAGCCAAACUCAAGGGAGCUCCCAAAAAUCCAACACUUGGGUCCACAAGACUUCAGGUCUAUUGUGGAUUUCCUGAACACAAGCAAGAGUUGCGCACUGGCUUCCGACAUUCGAUACUUCGGAAAGACUGUUCAAGGAGUAAGACUCAACUGCAAGGGGGACAUGGCGGAACCGGCUGCUCGCCCUGCCAUCGAAGCAGUGCAGGUCCCGCUGACACACUGUCUCUUCGAUGACUCGGUGCUUCUUCCUAUCCCGUCCAAGUUGGACCUCCCAAUUCUGGCUGCACGGUGCCUUCGCAAACCCGAAUAUGAAAAGGACAUUGAGCUGUAUAAAGGUGCCGGAGCGCUGAGCCAAUCCUGGCUCCUUGAAAGGGACGAACGCCGCGCAACGACUUCCAUCCUCCCCCUAGAUCACCAUUCCAGGAGAGCAUACUAUCAAGGGACUCUCGUACUGGCACGCCAGGAUCAGAAACCUCUCUUUCCUGAACACAUCGAAGCUCUAUGGCGGUACGUUAAGUAUUUCCUAGAGCCCAUGAUGGCGGAUGCAUCAAGCAUCCACGCCGACGAGGAUGCCAGAGAAAAUGUCCAAAAAGAGAUAACGACUGAAAAAUUCCAACUGUACUAUCGGCAUUUUCAAACCUUCCAAGACACCGAGGACGAAAGGAAGAAACCUUCGCCGUACGAUGUUGUAAGAAAGAAGGGGAGUCUGAAACGGAAAAGCUCGGGAUCCUUCUUCAACGAUCCAAAGCGUGCCAAGUGGUCGUGGAGUAGCGAAACAGAAGAUGCAGAACCAAUGGAGGAAGAGGAGUUGUAG